UGUUUUUAUAUAUUUUAUGUAGAGCGUGCUAAGUUAAUUCGUAUUCCCAAGGGUCUGCGCCUCUAAGGGAUAAUCCAUGAGGCCAUCCACAUUUCAAGAUACUACCACUCAAAAAAACCAAAAAGAAGAAAUGAAAGAAACAGUCAAUGAAGAAGAAGUCGAACAGCUUGAACAAUCCCUUCCACAGGUAAAUUGGAUGGGUAGUAAGAUCCAACUCAUAAGAAUUCAAGAAAGCUGGUAUUCUUUUAACAACUUUUCUAAUAUCCACACUUUCCAAAAACACUUUGUUGCUAAAGACACUGAUCUCUUUGUCACAAGUUUUCCAAAAACUGGCACCACUUGGCUCAAAUCUUUACUCUAUUCUGUGGUGAAUAGAUCUCUCUACCCCCCAAACAAAACCCCUUUGCUUUCCCAUAAUCCACAUGAGCUUGUAUAUGAUCUCGAAACCGCCGUGUACGGUGGUAACCCAAAGUUUCCACGCCCGCACCAACUUGAUGACCUCCCAUCACCACGACUUCUCCACUCUCACUUGUCCUAUGCAUCACUUCCUAAAAGUAUCAAAACUUCUGCUGGUAAGAUGUUGUACAUUUGUCGAAAUCCCUUGGACACGCUUGUAUCACACUGGCAUUUUUAUCCGAAUUUGAUAAAGAGGAUAACUGGGGAUGAAGAUUACCAACCUCCUGAUAUACAAGAUUUCUUUGAAGAAUUUUGUCAAGGUACUAUUUUUUGUGGCCCAUUUUUUGAACAUGUACUUGGAUAUUGGAAGCAAAGUUUAGAGGAACCUAAUAAGAUACUGUUUUUGAAGUAUGAGGAUCUAAAGGAGAAUCCUAGUUUUUAUUUAAAGAAGAUAGCGGAGUUUAUUGGUAUGCCAUUUUCUCCCCAAGAAGAAGAAGAAGGUGUCAUCAAGCAAAUAAUAGACCUGUGUGAUAUUAACAAUCUUAAAGAACUGGAGGUUAAUAAGAGUGGUUUGCUAAGUAAGAUGGUGGAGAACAAGGUGUUCUUUAGGGACGGAAAGGUGGGAGGUUGGUCUCGUUAUAUCACAGCUCCGAUGGUGGACAGAAUGAACAAAAUUAUGGAACAACAACUCGGAGGAACUGGCUUAUCCUUUAAAUUGCAACCCGAAUAGAUCAAUGUAUUUUGAUUCAAUAAUAAUUGUCGGUUUGAUCUAAACCUCAAUAGAAUGCUCAUAUUAAAUGUUGUUGAAUUUUUUCUAA